AUGCACUUAAGAAACCGUCUUUUGUUAUUAUUACUAGUAAAAACAAUAUUAUGGAACUCGAAAAAUAGUGAAAGUUUCAUUUUAAAAAGGAAAGAGACAGUUGUAAUUGGAUCAACAGGAAAUCGGAACAAUAAAAAGAAUAUUAGAAGAAGGCUAAUAAAAGAGGAAAGUAUUGGCAAUGAAACAGAACAAAUUUUGACAUCAUCAGAAAACGAACAUUAUAUAAGAAAUAAAUUAAAAGAAUUUGAAAAAUAUAGAAUAGAAUCAUAUAGCUCCAAAUACACUUUUUUUUUUCCAGGACAAGGAGAACAAUAUAUAUCUAUGGGUUUAGAUACUUAUAAUAAUUGUAAGCAAUCAAAAGAAAUAUAUGAUCGUGCAAGUAAAAUUUUGGGUUAUAAUUUAAUGGAUGUAAUUAAAAAUGGACCAAUAGAAAAAUUAAAAAAUUCAGAAAUUGCACAGCCAUCUAUUUAUACAGUAUCUAUUGCUGCGUAUGAAAAAUUAAAAUAUGAAAAUAAUGAAGCACUUAUGAAAUUAAACUUAUGUAUGGGUUAUUCAUUAGGGGAAUAUUCCGCUUUAACAUGUUCAGAAUCCUUACCUUUUGAAGAAGGGGUAUAUUUAACAAAAGAAAGAGGAAAAGCUAUGCAAAAUUGUGCAAAAUUGUAUGAUAUGACAACAGUUGCAAUUGUUGGAUUAACAUUAGAUACUAUUUAUAAAUUAAUAGAAGAUGUUAAUAAAGAAAUGAAAGAUGAUAUUUUUAUUGUUAGUUAUAUGACAGAUAAAAAAUUUGGAUUAUGUGGAAAACCACAAAGUAUGGAAUACCUUAAUAAAUUGGCAAAAGAAAAAUAUAAAGCUAUUUUUACAAAAAAAUUACAAAUAUCUGGUGCAUUCCACUCAUCUUAUAUGUUCCCAGCUAGGAAAACAUUAGAAAAUGUAUUAAAUCAAAUAAAUUUUAAAAAGUUAAAAGUCCCUGUCUUGUCAAAUGUAGAUGGCAAUGCAUAUGAUGACCCCUCUAUAAUUAAACAGUUGUUGCUUCUCCAGUUAACUAGUCCCAUAAAAAUAAAUAGCUGUUUACAAAAUAUUUUAAAAUAUGGCUAUGAAUGUGGUUAUGAAUUAGGACCAGGUACUAUUAACUCGAACCUUUUAAAAGAUGUAUCCCAAAAAAAAAAAACUGCUAUUCCUUAUAUAUGA